AUGACUUCGACGUUUCAUAGUCCUCGCCCCCUUGGCAAGAAUGGGCCCGUCGUGCCAGCUCUGGGCUUUGGCUUGAUGAUGAUGACCUCGCCAAGCUACGGUAUCCUGCCUACGGACGACGAACGCUUCGCGCUGCUUGACCGCGCAGUUGAGAUCGGCGCAACAUUCUGGGAUACUUCUGACUUUUAUGGUGACAACGAGGAACUCUUGGCCAAAUGGUUUAAGAAAACCGGAAAGCGGGAUCAGAUAUUCCUUGCGUCUAAGUUCGGAUACGUCAGAGGCAGCAAGACUCUAGAGAUCGAUUCUUCGGCUCAGUACUGCAAGAAGGCUUGCGAUGUGACUCUGAAAACUCUGGGUAUUGAGAGCAUUGACCUCUACUAUGCACACAAUGUUGAUACGGUAACACCAAUCGAAGAAACCAUGCGAGCCCUUCUGGAACUACAAGCUGAAGGCAAAAUCAAGCACAUUGGACUCUCAAUGGUAUCCUCCAACGCCCUUCGACGAGCGUCUAAGAUUGGGGCCGUUACUGCAUACCAGCCGGGGUAUUCUCUCUUUGAUCGCGAAAUCGAGGGCCCCAAUGGGACUGAUGCUCUCGCUACAUGCCGUGAACUCGGAAUCGCUAUCGUCGCAGCGACACCCUUGAGUAGAGGUUUACUCACCUCAAGCUUCAGUGGUGGAGAUCCCGUCGGCAGUACCGAUAGUCGAGGAAUGAUGCCGCGGUUUCAAGAAGGACAGCGAGAGCAUAAUGCCAAAGUUGCAGAACAAAUCAAGGCUGUCGCUGACAAGAAAGGUUGCACCUUGUCUCAACUGGCUCUCGCCUGGCUCCUGAAGCAGGGAAACGAUAUCUUCCCAAUUCCAGGUACUAGAAGGAUCAAAUAUCUGGAAGAGAACUGGCGUGCUCUUGAAAUCUCGCUGACUGACGAAGAGGAAGCGGGUAUCAGAGCUAUCAUUGGAAAGACACCUGUUGCUGGUGGUAGUGUUCCUCCACAGUUCACUACGCUCAUAUUCCGUGACACCAAAGAGGAAUAA